AUGUCCGGAUCUUCAAUCAACAAAUCCCACAACGUGCCAACCAACCUUGGCGACUUACCACCCGAAACAGCGCUAGAAAUUGCAGAGGGCCUAGACAAUCAGUCCUUGGUCAGCUUUGCACAGACCUGCGGGUCCCUGUACGGGUUUCUCUCGCCUUUAAUCAAGAAGCGAGCACAAAGCGCGGCCUUUGCGCCCCGGCAUUUAUACGAGGAAAACUUCGGCUAUGACAACCACCAGCAACACGGAGUAGACGAGCCACCACUCCUCGUCACCGGGUCAUACUGUGUUCCCGAGCGUGGAUUUGGCGCAACCAACCUCGACAUCCUCGGUCAGGCCGUAGAAGCGGGCGAACUGGGCGUGGUCCGGAGCUUUCUCGCGUACGGUGUGUGCCCCAAUUCCUAUAUCGCUUCGGGUGAACGCUUGCUGAAUCUGGCUAUAGCGUCUCUACGCACAGACAUGGUUAACUUGCUGUUAGAAUUUGGUGCCGAUCCGUCCAAGCAAGAUCUCAUUACAAACUUGAGCCCGCUCGUCCGCGCAGCCCAGUGUCGGAGCGAAGAAAUCCUCCUCCUCCUCAUCAGGGCUGGGGCUAAUCUAAACGAGGACACGGUUAGGCAGGCAAUCGCACAUUACUUCCCUUUCAGACACUAUCGAGGGCUAGUUCCCAUAUGA